AUGAGAAAAAAUUGGGGGGUGCUCUUGUUUCUGAUUCAAAUUGAAGACUUUAAAAACUUUAUCUCUUCAUGCCAACUGACUCAUCUUAAGUCUAUUGGUUGCUAUUUCACCUGGAAUAAUAAACAAGAGGCUAUUUCAAGAAUUUGGAGUAGGCUUGAUAGAGUUUUAGUCAAUGAAGAAUGGAUUCAGAAUUAUACAUCUAGUCAAGAGGAUUUCCUGGUACCCAAUUACUCUAAUCAUUCCCUUGCUCUUUUACCAAUAGGGGAAGAGGAUUUUGGAGGGAAAAAACCAUUCACAAUUUUCAGUAUAUGGAUAAAUCAUCCUAAUUUUACAACAGUUGUCAAAGCUAUAUGGGAACAAGAUAUCAGAGGUUUUCACAUGUAUAGGCUUCAUACAAAGCUCAAAAAACUUAAGCAUACUCUGAAAGAAUUAAACAAGCAACAUUUUAUGAACAUAAGUGAGCAAGUGUUAAGAGCCAAAAGUGGACUUUUUAACAUUCAAAACCAGCUGAAUAAUGAUCUCUUAAAUCAAGCGCAAAUUUUUAAGGAGAAAGAAUACUUAAACAAAUACACCAGGUUGGUAGAUUAUGAAACUCCAUUUUAUAGGCAAAAGGCCAACAUUAGAUGGGUUUUACAUGGAGACAAAUGUUCCCAAUUCUUUAACUUUAUUAUGAAGGCUAAGAGACACCACAAUAGAGUGUUAUCAUUAUACACUAAGAACAGUGAAAUGAUUACAGAUAUUUCUGGUAUAAUUGUAGAAUUCACUGAGUAUUAUGAGAAACUUUUGGGUGUUGCAGCUCCUACUUUAAUUCCUGAUCUUGAGGUGAUAUCAAAUGGACCUGUUCUCUCUCCAACUCAAAGUAGUUUUCUGAUUCUUCUAGUAACAAGAGAAGAGAUCAAGAAAGCUAUUUUCUCUAUGCCAGGUGAGAAAGCCCCUAGCCCUGAUGGAUACAAUGCAUUCUUUUUCAAAGCUGAUUGGAAUGUGAUUGGUGAGGAUGUUUAUUUAGCAAUAGAGGAAUUCUUCAGCUCUGGUAAACUUCUUGGAACUUUUAACUCUACAUCUAUUACCUUGGUGCCAAAGAUCUUCAAUCCUAAAUCACCUAUAGAUUAUAGGCAAAUCUCUUGUUGUAACUGUUUUUGCAAAAUCAUUUCUACAAUUAUUGUUAGUAGAAUUCAAGAGGUUAUGGGUUUGUUAAUUGGUGAUGGCCAAAGUGCUUUUGUUAGAGAUAUGAAUAUUUCAAGCAACAUAUUAUUAGCACAUGAACUUAUUAAGCAUUAUGGUAGAAAGCUUACUUCACCAAGAGCUACUCUUAGUAUUGAUUUGAGAAAAAAUUUCGAUACAAUAAGCUGGGGAGCUAGAGGCUUGAGGCAAGGAUAUCCCUUCUCCCUCUAUCUUUUUGUUCUUGGGAUGAAAUACUUAUCAAGAAAGUUAAACACUCUUAAAGCUGACAGAUUAUUCAGUGCUAGGGUUUUUGUUAGAAAAAUAUUGUCUAGGGAAGCAAAAUCCGUUAACGACUACAAAGUCAUUUAUCACGAUGAGCCGAAGGAUAAAGAUGGUUUAUCUGGGGUUGGCAGUGUGGAGAAGCAUGUUGGUAGAGAAGGGGAGAAUAUAGAUAGUAAGGUUGAGGAGAAUGUAGAUAGUAAGGUUAAGGUGAAUGUAGAUAUAGAGGAGGAACAUAUAGAUAGCGAAGAGAAGAUUGUAGAUAAGAAAGAUAAGAAUGUAGAUAGAGAAGAGGAGAAUGUAGAUAGUAAGGUUGAGAUAAAAAAAUGUGCAGAUAACAAUCAUGUUGAUAGUAAAGUUGUAGAGGAGUUGGAAGCACAGGAGAAAGAGGAUUUUGUAAAUAUUAUACAACGGGUGGACAAAAUUGUAGAAGAUCUAACAACUAAUGUGCAAACAAAGGGUAGGCCACCUCCAAGAAGUUGGCAAAGUUACUCAUUUUUAUCCCGGCAAUCAAAUUCUCAAUUGGGAUGUGUUGAGUUUGAAGCCAAUGACAGAGGAGGAGGAAGCUCUAUUGGGCGAGCUAAAUAA